AUGGCAUCCAGAACAGAGAACACAACAGCACCUCCACGGGUCAUUGUGGUAGGAUCAGGGCUGGCCGGCCUCUCGGCUUCGUCGGAGCUUGUCUCGAGACAGAUCCGCGUGCACAUAGUAGAACGGCAACCGAAGCCUGGAGGCAACUCGAUCAAGGCCUCCAGCGGAAUCAAUGGCGCGCCCACACGCUUCCAACCUCCCGGCUCGGACUCUGCCGCCGCCUUCUACGAAGACACGUUGAGGUCGGCCAGUGCGGACGUGCUGGCUACCAUGAAGGAGAGAAGGCAGAGCUUGAUCUCCACCCUGACCAGCUCUUCUUCGUCGGCGAUCAAUUGGCUAGUAGACGAGAAAGGAAUUGAUCUAUCUCGCGUGGCCCAACUGGGCGGCCACAGUCAUGCGAGAACGCACCGUGGAGCAGGCAACACGCCGCCCGGCGCAAGCAUCGUCUUGACCCUCAUCAAUCAGCUCAAAGAAAAUCCGCUCGUCACGCUCGAGACCGGCACGGCCGUGACUAAGGUGCUCAAGUCGGCAGAUGAAGUGGUGGGCGUCGAAGUCCUACGUGACGGAAAGAUCGAGGUCUUGGAAGGGCCCGUGGUCUUCGCGUCCGGUGGGUUUGCUGGAGACUCCCAAGGUGUGCUCGCGCAGUAUCGCCCCGACCUGGCCGGCUAUCCUUCCACCAACGAAGCGCUCCCAGGCAGCCAGGGCCUGUUGACCGAGGUUGGAGCUCAGUUGCUGGAUAUGGACCUCGUGCAAAUCCAUCCCACUGGAUUCGUCGAUCCGAAGGAGCCCUACAAACACACCAAAUUCCUGGCCGCCGAAGUCCUGAGAGGAGAAGGGGGCAUUCUAUUGCGACAAGGGUCGCGCUUCAUCAACGAGUUGCAGACCAGGAAGGUGGUCACCGAAGCAAUCACCUCUUCCGGGCCGGCGGUCACCGACCCCGUCAAGCAAUGGGAUACUCUGCUCGUGCUGGACGAGGCUACCUAUGAGGCGGCCAAGGCUCAUGUCGAUUUCUAUCUCUGGAAAGGACUGAUGCGCAAGACGACCAUCGCCGAGCUCGACCAUGCCGACGCGGCUUUGGCUUCCAUCAAGGAGUAUUCGGCCGUCGUGCAAGGCGAGGCCGCCGAUGCCCAAGGAAGAAUCUCGUUCGGCCGAUGGAGGCUACUGGAUCCAGCUCCCGACUCGACCGUCUAUAUCGGCACCGUCACUCCGGUGGUGCAUUAUACCAUGGGCGGCGUGGUGUUUACGCCGGACGCUCAGGUUCUGGAAACCGCUGGCGCGCCGAUCAAGGGACUCUGGGCCGCCGGCGAGAUCACUGGCGGCAUCCAUGGCGCCAACCGGCUCGGAGGGAGCAGUCUGCUGGAGUGUGCCGUCUUUGGACGCAUCGCGGGACAGAAUGCGGCGGCGUAUGCGGAAGCGAAGAGUAAAUGA